AAGAAACAAUGCUCUAUUCCAUCUCCCAAAAGUUGAUGAAUUGCCAUCUUAGUAGCAAAGUUCUAUCAAACAACUAUUGUUUGCAUGCAAGAGAUUCCUAAGAAUCUCUUCAACUUCAAAUCCCCACUAUAAAAUGCACCCUCACAACUUCAACAUCUCUCACAAUACAAAGAAAAAACAAGAACAAGCUUGUAUAGCUGCAUUCUGAGUGAGUUCUUGCACAAUGUCGAGGAUGCUAGAUUCGCUGUCCGUAGGCCGGGUUGUGGGGGAAGUCGUGGACAGCUUCGUACCGUGUGUGAAGCUGGUUGUGACAUACAACAGCAACAAGCAAGUCUGCAAUGGCCAUGAGCUCAUGCCCUCUGUCAUUGUGUCGAAACCACGAGUUGAUAUUGGUGGAGAAGACAUGAGGGCUGCUUACACUCUUGUCAUGACUGAUCCUGAUGUUCCUGGCCCUAGUGAUCCAUACAUGAGGGAGCAUCUCCACUGGAUAGUUACAGACAUCCCAGGCACCACUGAUGCAUCUUUUGGAAGGGAGAUUUUGGGCUAUGAGGUUCCGAAGCCGGUGAUUGGCAUCCAUCGCUAUGUGUUCCUGUUGUUCAAGCAGAGAGGCAGACAGACAGUGAGGCCACCGGCUUCGAGAGAUUACUUCAACACAAGGGGAUUUGCAGAAGAGAAUGGCUUGGGAUUGCCAGUUGCUGCUGUCUAUUUCAAUGCACAAAGAGAGACUGCCUGCAGAAGAAGAUGA